AUGGUCAACUUCACCGCAUUCAUCACCCUUGUCAUGGGUAUCACCACGUUCUUCAAGAACAACAUCCCCGGCGCCAACAUCUUCACUUCAUGGAGCCAGAAACUUCUCGCCGCCCCCCCUCAGCCCUACUACGAUCGCGAAGGAAAAUUCACCAUCACCUACCGCGGCUACGAGGAGGAAUACACUGUCAUCACUCCGGUCUACCCCACCACGACCUUCUUCACAACCACCUUCACUGCGGCACCAACCAUCACUGAUGCCUUCGCUACACCCACGGCACUCCCUGGCAAGGAGCUCAUUCUCUUCACCGGCACUGUCACCUCACCAUCAUUCUUCACAUUGGCAAAGGAGUUUGUCUGCGCCAUGUUCACUCUACCACCUGCCGUCACUGCCAACGCCGCUUCAGUGGUCACUGCCUUCCUUUUUGGAACCCUUCUCCUGCUCGCCUACGUCGGUUUCCUGGCCUCCUCUCCUCCCGUCAUGACACCCGAAGAUCUCCUUUAUCUCGAGGAGCAAGUCUACGAGAAAGACGAGCUCCUCAAGAGACUUCGUCGCUGGCAUGGCGAGGACCUCGCAGAGCUUCGCGGCCGCCUGCAGGUCCAGAGGGAGGGGGCAGACGAGCGCCUGGCCACCACCAUCGCCAAGCACAACUCCGCUAUGGCCGACAAGGACCACGAGAUCCUUGCGCUUCGUCAGGAACUGGCUGGCGCCGAACUCCGCGAGGAGCAGGCCCGGUUCAAGAGCUCUGACGAGGUCAUCAAGAUGCACAAGGAGAUUGGUCACCUCCGAAGUGUUGUUGAUGACCUCGAUCAGAAGCUCGAGGACGCUGGUGUCCUGGCUGCCCUCGGUGAGGAGGCCCAGGAGAAGAUCAAGGAUGCCGAUGAGCGCGCCAUCGCCGCUGCUCAGCAGGCCCUUGAAGCAAGCCUGAAGGUCGAGGCCGCCGAGAAGGCCCUUAAGGAGAAGAUCGCUGGCGAGAGGAAGCGGGCCCAGGCCGCCAUUGACGAGGUGGUCGCCAAGGCCAAUGGUCUGAGGGACCAGGUCAAGAUCGGAGAGUACAAGAUCCAGGACAUGAGGGCAGAGGUCAAGGAUCUGAAGGCAGGAGCAGUGGGGGCUGCUUCUGUCCCGAUGCCACCUAUCCUCGAAGGCAAGUCCACGGUCACCAAAGAAAAGGAGGUGCGUGACCGUAUCCAGACGGCCGCCUCCACUUUGGGUGCUCUUCCGGUGUUUGCACCUGCUGCUCCUGACGCUGCCGCCGCUGCUCCCACUGUUGCUGCUCCUGAGCCCAUCGCGCCAGGAGCACAGCAGGAGCAAGUGCGCCGCAUCCGCCGCCGUGCGCCUGUCGGUCCUUUCCCAGACCUUCGUUCUCGUCAGGGUGGAAAGAAGUAG